AUGGCGUCCGCAUCCGUCUACUACAAGUUCAAGUCACAAAAGGAGCCCUCGCGCAUCACCUUUGACGGCACGGGCAUCUCGGUAUGGGAUCUCAAGCGCGAGAUCAUCCUUCAAAACAAGAUGGGUCGAGGCACCGACUUUGAUCUGGGCGUCUACAACGCCGACACGAACGACGAAUACAAGGACGACAAUUCUCUCGUUCCAAGAUCCACACAAGUCAUUGUGCGACGCUUGCCUCCAUCGAAACCCGGCCGCGGCACUGCUCAGAACUACGUCGCUGAUGUCAAUGGAGCUGCGGACAACACAGGCGCGAGCCGAUUCUCUGGCACAGCCAAUGCAGGAGGCGUCAAGCCGACCGAUGCUCGCUCGCAGAUGUAUCGCGGGCCCAUGACAAUGCGAUUCGACGGUGGCAAGGAUCCAUCGGCGCAGCCAUCUGGCAGUACUUCGGGUGGUCCAGGGCCAGGCGGCCCUUCCUCUGGAGCUACGGGAGAUGAGGCUGAUCGUAUCGCUGCCAUGUUUCAGGCCACCACAGAACAAUGGGACGAGACGCAGGAGCGCAUGUCGCACGCCACCUACCGCGACCGCAGCGGGCAAGCUCGUCGAGGUGGCCCACCACGGCCUAUGACGACUCAACGUCCUCAGCACGUCCCCGAUCGUCCACCACCCAUCGGCUACGUCUGCUUCCGAUGUGGAAAGCCAGGGCACUGGAUCCAAGAUUGUCCCACCAACGAUGACAAAGAUUUCGACAAUCGACCUCGUUUCAAGCGCACCACCGGUAUUCCCAAAUCCAUGCUCAAGACGGUCGAGCAGCCGACCGACGAAGAUCAGCGCGCAGGAGUCAUGCUCACCGCCGACGGAACCUAUGUGGUCGCCCGCGUCGAUCAAGAGUCGUGGCGAAAGAACCGCGUUCGAACCAAGCCUCUCACCCAAUCUGACGUCUAUCAAUCCGCACCCACCGACACCUCACUGGCCUGUCCGCUUUGCUCCAAGCUGCUUCGUGACGCCGUGAUCACGCCCUGCUGCAAGACGAAAUACUGCGAAGAGUGCAUCCAGACCCACUUGCUGGAGCACGAAUUCAUCUGCGCCGAGUGCGACAAGCGCGUCGCCGAUCUCGAACAGCUCAAAGCUGACGACGAGACGCGCAGGAAGGUCAAGGAGUAUGUCAAAGAGACGAUCGAGCAGAGCGAGAAGGAGAUCGAAGACCAGAGCAAGAACGGCGAACAGGGCGACUCGAACGACAAAGAAGGCUCGCCAAUGUCAGGACGUCAGCGCACGCUCAGUCCAGGCGCAUCGCGCAACGAUCAGGACGAACAGACGCACAAGACCAACCCGCAGGGCGAGAACAGUCUUUUGUAUGGAGAAGGCAACGGGAGCAACAAUGGCCAGGCAGGCAAUGCCGGCCAGGCAGGAGGGAUGGUGUUCAACCCGCAAAUGGUGCAGCAGAUCAUGAUGAUGCUUCAAAACCCGCAGCUGCCACCUCCGAUGCGCAUGCAGCUCCAGAUGCAGUUGCAGAUGCAGCAGUUCGCCUUCAUGCAGCAGAUGCAACAGCAGGGAGGCGGAGGCGGUGGUGGGAUGAACAACCCGGCGAUGGCUCAGAUGAACAUGAUGCAAGGUGGAGGAGGAGGGCCAUCGUGGGGUCAGCAACAGGCUACACAAGCCACCAAUCCCUUCAGUCAUCGUGCUCCCCCGACGAAUGAGCACUCGCCUUACAUGCGCGUCCCCGUGAAUCAGGCAAGGACCACAAAUACGACGGGGACGAAGCGCGACCGUCCGACGGACUUCGUCGAGGUCGGCAGCAAGGGUGGCGGAAGUGAUGCGAGCAAGUCGGCUCGAACGGAUUAA